AUGACGAGCUCCUUCGAGAAGAGCGUCAAGGGCGGCACCAAGAUCAAGCUUGCCGCGCCCAAGUCCAAGUAUGUCGAGCACAUCCUCGUGGCCACCCACGCCGGCGAGGCAGGCGUCGCCGAGAUCUUCCGCGCCCUCACCAACCGCCUCCGCGACUCGACAUGGACCAUCGUCUACAAGAGCUUGAUCAUAGUCCAUCUGAUGAUACGCGAGGGCGAACCUGAGGUCACCCUCAAGUUUCUGGCCAAGAACCCCCGCCGGACGCUGGCCAUAAACCACUUCACUGAGGUGCAGACCCAGGGCGGCAACAUACGCAACUACGCAGAGUACCUGCUCUGUCGCGCCGAGCAAUAUGGCGCGACCAAGAUGGACUACGUACGAGCCGGAGAAGGGCGGCUUAAGCGGCUCAACAUCGAAAAAGGCCUGCUUCGGGAGACGGAAAGUGUCCAAGACCAGAUCAAAUUUCUGCUCAAAUGCGAGCCUUUCCACGAAGAACCGGAAAACGAGAUAACAUUGACUGCUUUCCGCCUGCUCACCAUGGAUUUACUUGUGCUCUUCCACGUCAUGAACGAAGGAACCAUUAACGUUCUGGAACACUACUUUGAACUUUCGAAGCCGGAUGCGAAACGCGCUCUUGACAUUUAUCGGACCUUCGUUAAACAAACCGACCUGGUCGUGCAAUACCUGAGCGUCGCUCGGUUACAUGAACACUCAACAAGAUUAGAGAUACCCAAGAUUAAGCACGCGCCGACGAGCCUGACCCAGGCAUUGGAAGAGUAUCUGAAUGAUAAAGACUUUGAGGUCAACCGCAGACAAUAUCUGGCCGAGCGCGAAGCGAAAAAGUCUGGCGGGAAGACCACAAAUGGAACGAGCAAGCUACUUUCCGACUCAAGACCCGCCGCUACAUCGACCACAUCCCCGACUCAGGCUUCAGCACCAUCGAAACCACCGGAUGUCAGCCUACCGUUAAUCGAUUUCUUCGACUCAAUAAAUGACAACCAACAAACAAUGGCACAGCCGCAAGCACAGCAGUACCCUCAGCCGACAGGUUAUCAACAGCCUACUAUGCAGAUGCCGCAAACUGCCGACUUCCAACAGCAGCAACAAUCUUUCGGCCAGCCAGACGGCCAGUCAACGAAUCCAUUUGCUCAAAUGCAGCAAGGAAUGCAGCAGAUGAAUCUACAGCAACCGCAGCAAUCUCAGUUGCAAACUCAAUUCACUGGUGCUGGUUUCGGCGGCUACACUCCCCAGCCGUUCAGUCCACAGAACAACCUCUCGCCCAUGUCCCAGAACGGCAUGCAGAAUUUCGCACAGCAACCUGCCAUGGCCGAGCCCCUACAAGCCCAGCCCACUUCUACCAACCCUUUCCGCGCCUCCAUGCUCCCACCCGCACAGGCAGAACCAAAGCUCCUCGGCAACCCAACAGGCGCGUCGUCGCCUCUCGGCCGCUCCCCCACAAACCCUUUCGCCAAACACACCACCGGCGGCUUCCAGUCAUCGUUGUCGCCCACCAACGAAGGCGCCGUCGCCUCCCCAUUUUCCGUCCCCCAAAUUCAAUAUCCACAGCAAACUUUGCCGUUCGCGCCACAGCAGCAGCAGCAGCAGCAACAACAACCCCUCCAGCCGACGCCCACGGGUACGAAUCCCUUCGCCCGCGGCGUCUCGCCUGUGCAGGGCACGCCGUCUCCGCAAGGCGGACUGACGGUCCAUGCGACGGGGAGUACGAAUCCCUUCCGUCAGUCUGCCUUCGUAAACCAGGCCACAGGCCAGGGCUGGCAGAACACCGGGUCCGGCACACUCGGCGGCAUGCAUCUCGAUGCCGUGCCUACCACCAGCGUGUUUCCCCGCCCUGGCCAGCAACAGCAGCAACAACAGCAGCAGAAUUAUCUAGGCUAG